UGUAUAUUUGUACGUAUGUAAUGUUUUUCAUUUAUACUGAUUUUGUACUAACUUUUCUAUAUCGUUGUAGGUUUUUGUUUUCAGCCAUUCUGUUAAUUUACGCUUACACUCAUGUGUAGUGCAGGAAUAAAUGUCAAGAAUUGAGGCAAAUAAGGUGGUUUGCUAUGCACACCCCGACGCGCCGCUCAUCGAGGAUUACCGGGCAGGUGACAUGAUCUGCUCGGAGUGCGGCCUUGUUGUCGGCGACAGAGUGAUUGACGUGGGUUCAGAAUGGCGUACAUUCAGCAACGAGAAGUCAGGAGUAGACCCCUCUCGUGUUGGUGGUCCAGAGAACCCACUUCUAUCCGGUGGAGACCUUUCAACAAUAAUUGGUCCCGGCCGCGGCGACGCCUCAUUUGACAGUUUUGGUGUAUCCAAGUAUCAGAACAGACGCAACAUUAGCAGUACAGACAGAGCCCUGAUCAAUGCCUUCAGAGAGAUCAACACAAUGGCUGACCGCAUUAAUCUUCCCAAAACUAUUGUGGACAGAGCUAACAAUUUGUUUAAACAGGUACAUGAUGGCAAAAACUUAAAAGGCCGAGCAAACGACGCCAUUGCAUCAGCCUGCUUAUACAUUGCCUGCCGUCAGGAGGGUGUGCCCCGUACUUUCAAAGAGAUCUGUGCCGUCAGCAAAAUCAGCAAGAAAGAGAUUGGCCGGUGUUUCAAACUUAUUCUCAAAGCGCUUGAGACGUCUGUUGACCUUAUUACAACAGCGGACUUCAUGUCUCGGUUCUGCUCGAAUUUGGGGCUUCCAAACUCUGUGCAAAGGGCAGCGACACAUAUUGCAAGGAAGGCCGGAGAACUGGAUAUUGUGUCUGGGAGGAGUCCUAUCUCAGUCGCUGCUGCUGCUAUUUAUAUGGCUUCUCAGGCGUCAGAAGACAAGCGUAGCCAGAAAGAGAUCGGAGACAUCGCUGGCGUGGCAGACGUCACCAUCCGGCAGUCCUACAAGCUCAUGUAUCCAUUCGCUGCCAAACUGUUCCCCGACGACUUCAAGUUUGCCACUCCCAUCGAGUUCCUGCCACAAAUGUAGACUGUAUGUGCUCACAAUAACGUUUAGAUCAGUAAUAUUGACAAUAUUUACCCUGCCCAUCCGGCAGUCCCACAAGCUUGCUGCAAAACUGUUCCCCGACGACUUCAAGUUUGCCACUCCCAUCGAGUUCCUGCCACAAAUGUAGACUGUACGUGCUCACAAUAACGUUUAGAUCAGUAAUAUUGACAAUAUUUACCCUGCCCAUCCGGCAGUCCCACAAGCUUGCUGCAAAACUGUUCCCUGACGACUUCAAGUUAGCCACUCCCAUCGAGUUCCUGCCGCAGAUGUAGACUGUAUGUGCUCACAGUAUUAUUGACAAUAUUUAUCACUAACUGUAUUUGCGACAGUAGUCAAAUCAGUAGCCAAAUCUGAUGGUAGUCCUACAAACUCAUGUACCCAUUUGCUGCCAAGCUGUUUCCUAACGACUUCAAGUUUGCCACACUCAUCGAGUUCCUGCCACCAAGCGCCGAUCCAGCUUCGUGCCCAGGGGGGGGUCACGUGGUAAAG